AUGGGACAAUUAGAUAACUACGAAAAACAUCAAAGACCAGAAUUAGUUUCGUUCGAUGAUAUCAGCUAUAAUAACCUAGCGGAGGUAGAAGCUGCCAGAAAGUCUAUGCUUAGAGAACAGUGGAUCAGAACAUACGAGUUGAGGGUGACACAUGAAGCUGUAAGGAAAUGUAAACAGUAUCAUCAAGACGACGCUGCAAGGAAUUGCAAACUGUUAAUUUUGAAAUACCUAAAGAUGUUGGAGACAUAUCCUAUGCAAGGAUACCAGGGAUACCAAAAGAAUGAUCCCUCAAAGUAA